AUGGUAGAUUCUGAGCCAGACCUUACCGCUACCGUGGCAUACGAAUAUGUUUGGAAAAUUGACGACACGUCAAGGCAGACGUUAACACAUACCACGACAUACGUUGGCUCGCCUGGAACUUACACGGCCUAUGCUCUUGUUGUCAAUAUGGCCCUACCUUCACCUUCGCAGAUCGAGACUGUCGGUAUAUUAUAUACGAUUGUCCCUGGAGUUGCCUCAGUACAGCACGUCUCAGCAACAGUUGCCACACAUAGGCCCACGACAACUGUCCUACAAACCAGUCAGGCUCUCGUGACAUCGACUACAACCUCUGCUUGGUCGUCUGCAUUACCAGAGAUGCAUUGUCACAACAUUUUGUCUGACCGUCUGUUCUCUUUCUACGAGCCUUACCUCACAAUUCAGAUCAUUCUCGUGUGCCUCUUCUGUGGUGGCUAUCUCUGGUUCCGUCGCCUGAGGCAUCCCCGCAACCAGGAUGAUGAACUUGAACAAGGGCGAGGCACGUUUUCAAUUCCUGAGAAAUUGGCGAGUGACAAAUCUGCCGAAUAUGCUCAAUACAAGCCGCAGGGAUGA